AUGUCCUCGGAGGAGCAGCUGAGCGAAGCCUUGGCCGAUGCCGCGCGUUACGGUGAGUACGACGAGGCCCGGGCGUAUCUGGACCAGGGCGCGCUCGCCGACGCGUACGACGGGCUCCUCUACGCCGCGGCGAACGGACACGAGGAAAUUGUCAACCUCUUGCUCGAGUACGGCGCCGAUGUGAACAAGACGAACGAGCAGGGGAGCACGGCGCUGCACUGGGCGUGCCUGAACGGACACCCCGGCAUCGUCCAGCUGCUGUUGGACAAGGGCGCGACACCGAAAAUUUGUAACGAGGCGGGACGCACGGCGCUGGACGAGGCAAUGCACAACGCGCGGGACGAGUGCGUCAAAAUCUUGAUGGAAGCCGAGGGCGAGGAAGAUGUUGAGCUCGAAGAAAUUGACGAAGAAGACGCCGAGGAUGUCACCACGGACGAGGAGGAGCAAGGGAUGGACUGA